AUCCGACACAAGUCCUCAUGACGCCGGAGCAGCAGACAGCUGGAAAAGAGCUCAGCAGAUUCUAGGUAAAAAUGGCCGUGGAGAAGCGUCUGGCAUUCUCUAUUGUGCAGUUCCUACGAGAUCAAACACAUUGUGGUGCUUUGAAUUCUGACGAGCAGGAGAGCCUUGAAGUUGCGAUACAGUGUUUGGAGACAACCUUUAAGAUCAGCACCAGCGACUGCCAUCUCGCCGUGCCACAGCCUCUGACGGAGAUAUUCCUCAACUCCCUGCUGAAGAAUGGCAACAUUACCAUACCAGAGACCUCCCCAUCUCCGGAAGACACUGAACGAGCAGAGCAGCUUAAGAAUGAAGGGAACAAUCACAUGAAGGAGGAGAACUACAGAUGUGCAAUGGAGUGCUACACAAAGGCCAUUGACCUGGACCUAAGAAACGCUGUGUACUACUGUAAUAGGGCCGCAGCUCAAAGUAAACUGGGGAAUUACACAGAAGCAACUGGUGACUGCGAGAGAGCCAUUGGGAUUGAUCCUACCUACAGCAAAGCGUACGGCAGGAUGGGUUUGGCUUUGACAGCCAUGAACAAGUAUCCGGAGGCAAUUACCUACUUCAAGAAAGCGUUGGUAUUAGACCCCGAGAAUGAUACCUACAAAUCCAACCUGAAGAUUGCAGAGCAGAAGCAGAAAGAAGCGACCAGCCCGAUAGCUGCUGGAUUGGGAUUCGACAUGGCCAGUUUAAUCAACAACCCCGCCUUCAUCAGCAUGGCUGCCAGCGUGAUGCAGAACCAACAAGUACAACAGCUUAUGUCAGGAAUGAUGUCCAAUGCAGUCGGGGGUUCUUCAGCAGGAGUGGGUGGACUGUCAGACAUUUCCAGCUUAAUUGAAGCGGGCCAACAGUUUGCCCAGCAGAUCCAGCAGCAGAACCCAGAGCUCAUCGAGCAGCUGAGGAACCACAUCCGGAGCCGCUCCUUCAGCGGCAGCGCCGAGGAGCACUCAUGAUCUACUCAGACUCACGUUUUUUUUUUCUCCAAGGAAGGGCAACCAUAUGGCGCGAUUACAAUCUCUACACCCAUUUCUUGAAAUCAAAUCCCCGGCAUAGCUGGAAUGAAGAGACAAGGAUGGGGUUGAAGGCACUUUACUGUGACUAAAGACUCUGUGGGCGGAGAGAUGAAGGCCUAGAGACCGGACCACGAAAAUGAAGAAUCCCACACAUGUAGGGCAAAAAACAUAGUGAACACCUCAUCGUAAAAAAAAAAGAACUCAUUCAGCCUUACUGAGAGAACAUGAGUAAAUUCUUUACAUUCUGCAGAAAUCGUGUUUUAUAUGUGCUGAAAAUAGUUUCCUCUUCAUGAUUCAAGUGAAGGAUCCUUCUGUCUAGUCAUGACACUAAAGAGGGUUAGAGAGGAAUGUACUUUUACAGCAUUGCAGGGAACAUCUCAGCUUCUACUCAUACAAUAACUGGAACACAUCAGAUUUAUAUCACAUCUUGUGUAAUAUUAUUUUUGUAGACAGAAUACGCUUGAUAUAAUACUCGUUUACUGGGAAUUCCCAUCACUGCUUUUCAUUGAAUACUACUUAACUUUUAAUUAAGACAACUAUAUAACUGUAUAGCAGUGUUUGCAGCCUGCAUUAUGUUGUUAUUGCACUUUAGAGAAAAAUAAAUAUCUCCCCUUUAAGCAUAUUUAAUUGUUGAUUAACUAGUGACAGAGUAUACAGAUUGUUCAUUUUGCAUGCUCUUAAAUCUGGUAUUUGAGAUCAGACGCUUUAUGGAAACAAAUAGGUAUGCUAGG